AUGUGCAAAUAUUUGUGCAAAAUAUUGGUUCUUGGACCCCAUCAGGCUAAUGGUCCUAGACCACUCGAGAGGACACGACACGACACGGUUCAUGCUCUUCCAUUUCAUCAACGUCCCCGACCUAGCCAAAGUGGGAGGUGUCAGCGAACACCAACAGCUGGCACUGGGUAUUCGCUAUGUGGUUAUGGCAGCUCUGAGGUUGUUCCUCGCUAA